AUGUUUGCUGUUGAAGAGAUCAACAGCAACCCCAAUCUGUUACCCAACAUUACUCUUGGAUUCCACAUCUACAAUGCCUAUGGCAAUGAUGAGAGGACCUUGGAGAGUUCCCUCAUGUGGCUCUCAGGCCAGGGACAGACCAUUCCAAAUUACAGCUGUGAGAAGAGGAAGUCGGUGGUGGUCAUUGGAGGAGCCACUUCUGAUUUUACUGUCUCCAUGGGAAGCCUACUAGAGCUUUAUAAAUUCCCACAGCUCCAUUCCUUUCUGAAGAACAUCCACUUCAACAAUAGUGCUGGAAAGCAGGUGGUCUUGGAUGAAAAGAGGAAGUCUAUGGCAAAUUAUGAUAUUCUCAACUAUGUGACCUUUAGCAAUGAUACCGAAGUCCUGGUGAAAGUGGGAGAGUUUAUUCCUCAGGCUACAGAUGGUAAAGAAUUCACCAUCCAAGAGAAGGCAGUAGAAUGGGCCACAAGGCAGAGAAAGACUCCUCAGUCAAGGUGCAGUAGUUGUGGUCCUGGAUUCCAGAAGAAAUCCCAAGAGGGAAAGGCUGUCUGCUGUUAUGGCUGUGUCCCCUGCGCAGACAGGCACAUUUCCAACCAGACAGAUACAGAUCAAUGUAUGAAAUGCCCUGAAGAUCAAUAUCCCAAUAAGGAAAGGAAUCAAUGCCUCCCCAAAGUAGUGACCUUCCUGGCCUAUGAAGAGCCUUUGGGGAUGGCUUUGGCUUCUAUAGCUGCAUGUUUGUCUUUCCUCACAGCUCUUGUUCUCUGGGUCUUUGUGAAGCACAAAAACACCCCCAUCGUCAGAGCCAAUAACCGGGAUCUCAGCUACAUCCUCCUCAUCUCCCUUAUAUUCUGCUUCCUCUGCUCUCUGCUCUUCAUUGGUUGCCCAACUGCAAUGAAUUGCCUCCUUCGACAAGCAACAUUCGCAGUCAUGUUCACGGUGGCCGUCUCCUCAGUUUUGGCCAAAACCAUCAUUGUGGUUCUGGCCUUCAGAGCCACCAGACCAGGAAGCAGGAACAGGAAAUGGAUGGGAUCCAGAACCCCCAUUUCUGUUGUUCUCUUUUGCACCUUGAUUCAGAUUCUGCUCUGUGCAAUCUGGCUGCUGCUCUCUCCCCCAUUCCCAGAAGCAGACAUACACUCUGACCAUGAGCACAAUAUCCUGGGAUGCAAUGAGGGUUCUCUCAUUGCCUUCUAUUUUGUCCUGGGCUACAUGGGAGUCUUGGCCCUGGGGAGCUUCACUGUGGCUUUUCUAGCCAGAAAUCUUCCUGAUACUUUCAAUGAAGCCAAGUUCAUCACCUUUAGCAUGCUGGUCUUCUGCAGUGUCUGGGUCUCCUUCCUCCCCACAUAUCAGAGCACCAAGGGGAAGAUGAUGGUGGCCGUGGAGAUCUUCUGCAUCUUAAGCUCCAGCACUGGCUUACUAAGCUGUAUCUUCCUCCCCAAAUGCUAUGUUAUCCUUCUGCAGCCCCACAGGAACAUCAAGAAAACUUUAAAAGAUAAUUCCAGUUUCUGA